AUGAUAUCUGCUCCAGACUGGUAUAUAAACCUAGUACUAUACGCUCCAUAUCCUCAGCUCCUGUGUCUUACACUCGCUGAGGUGAUCGCUACUGGUCGUAUCUCCACUGCGCGGUAUUGUCUGCGACAGCCUGAACACGACGUCGAAAUCAUGGUUCUCCACCGGGGCCACUCCCGUUCUCAAUCGACUUCGAGUUCCCGGAUGCAGACACCCGAAUCCGACGACGACGACGAGGACAAUGAUCGGGCACCCAGUCCCGGGCCAGUGACUGGGCCUGGGCUCGAUGACCUGGAGAGCAUCGAUCCGAGCGGAGAUGAUGACCGUGAUGAAGACAACAAUAUCCGGGCUUUUGCCUCCGAUGACGAAGGUACUGCGGGUGAUAGGGUAUACAUUUCCGAAGCUCAGAGGGAGAACCUCAAGCGAAGCUUCGAGGCUUUGAUGGAAACCAUCUCCCGGCCAAGUGGAAUAGCACCUCAACUGGCAGAAGCUCUGCGGCCCGCUCUUCAGAUGGUUGAGGAUGCAGGAACUGCUAGUCCCAACAAAGAUGCUUCAGCGCAAUCUGAACGCGAACUUAAGUGCUGUGGGGUAGUAGACCAGCAGGCAAGACUGUCUUCCAACAUGCCCAUGCCCCGACUUCUCAAGAAGCUGAGCUCUAAGAGCCUGCACAAGCAGUCCUCCUCGACGUCGAGCGCGGCAAGCGUCCCUCCUCUGCCGUCCAUCCCCGCGGCAUCUGUAGCAGCUCCCCCAGAACCACAGGACGCCCUCUCGAAGAAAUUGAACGACGCAUGGGCAUCCGCAUCUGCCGACCCAAAGGCCAACAAGGCAGACCAGAUGCUCAAAAAGGUCGAGGAUUCUGUGACUGGCGCGAUGGAUGACAGCGCACAGCCCGUCGCAUUCGUGCAGGGCGUCGAGACAGGGCUGGAUGCCGUGGGCGCGAUGCAAGUGAUCGAGAAGGGGCUGAGCACGUUCAUGGAGGGGAUGCCGGUGCUGAUGAGCGCGUUGGAUGAGGUCGCGAAGCUACAUCCGUUCAUCGGAGUCGCGGUGAUGGCGUUCAAGGCGGUUUGGGCGUUGGAACAGAAGCGGAGGGACAACGACAGGAAGAUUGUCGCGUUGCAUAUGGAGAUGAAAGAUAUGAUGGGGGCUCUUCUGCAGAUGAGAAAUGUGAAGGACGCUGAUCAAGUGGCACCCGACGGGUCGACUAUCAAAGGUAGAGUGCAAGUUAUCGCCAAAGAGACCGCGGACGACAUCAAGGCCUGUGCCAAUGCAUGCGACACAUACAUCAAGAAGAAGCUGAUCGUCAAAAUUCUGAAAGGUCCAAUCUGGGACGGGAAACUGGUGGCAUUCGCAGGCACAUUCACCAAACGCCGGUCCGAAUUCGAGUUCGCGCUGUCUAUCCACACUGCAGUGGGUGUUGAUGUGGCAACUAAACUCAUCGGUGCGGUCGAUCACACGACGACGGCGAUGAACGCGAAGAUGGACAUGAUGUUGCAGCUGUUCAAGAGUUUAAUGACGCCUGAGCAGGAGGAAAUGGCUCGUAUGAUCGACAGGAGAGGCGGACAGGAUUCGGUUGUGCGCAGUGACAGAGCUCUUCAGGAGCUCAGUGUUCUCGAGGAGAAAAUCACGGGCAGCGAGCCAACUCACGUCCGCAGGGCUUAUGGCCUGGACGACCUCAAAGACGAGUUGGAAUCAGAUCCACAGCUUGCCAUCGACGCGAACAAGGCCGCAUUCUCUCGCAAGCUCGAUGUGCAGACUCGUCAAAUCAUUGAUGAUCUCUCCAAAGUCAUUGAGCGCGAAGGCGAUCGAGUUAUCAGUGCCAUCAAUACCGGUCCACACGAUAGAAUAAUGGAUCCGAAUGUCUAUGCGGUCUGGAAAGACAUGGGAUGGCGGGGUAGUGUGAAGACACGCCAUUUCGUGAUGGCGCUCCGCGAUCAUUUUCAAGAGCAAGCCAUUCAAGGCAAUCGAAGCGAAGCCGACAAAGCAGAUGCAUGGGCGCUCGAAUACUUCAAUGUACUGUAUCUGCAGCCGAUUUCUGAAGCAUUUGAUGACGACGCGUCCGGUUUCGUCACCGUCGCGGAAGCGAAUGAAUUUACCACAUCACGUCCUUUGGGAUGGAGCCUUCUACGAUGGAUGGCGUAUUGGGCUGUGGGUCACCACCUCACGAUGCAAAUGUACGCGGUCAAGAUCAACCUGCUUGUCUGCAAGAUGUUUGGAAUCAUUCCCCAUAUCUUGCCCGCAAACAAGUCCACCGUCGACGAGUAUAUGAGGGCUAUGGAUUGGGGCAUAUGGACUAUCGUCGGAUCACUGGAUGGGGGCCCUAGUAACCUGACGCUGGAGAAGAAUUUCAAAUCUUAUGUUACUGCUGAGGAAGCCAGACUGCGAGGUUUGUUUGCUGACUCCCUUGCCACCUAUGCCUGCUCAUCCCCCCGCAGCGAAUUUGGAGGCCGUGCGAUACGAGUUGAGCUAUUUAGAAAGCUUGCCAUCGCAUCUAAUCACCAGCUAUCUAGCAUCGAUGCUAGGGACACGCUGGAUCUGAUCACAGGAAGAGGUCGAAUCGAAAAGGUGUGCCAAGCCGUAAUCAACUUCGGCAGAGACUGCAUGUUCCAGUUCUUUUUCCCUCUGCUAUACUUGCUACUCGAACGACACUUUGAGAUAUUACGCGUGUGCCAAACGACGCCUGUGCAUCAAGAUGAACUCUCGGAUGCUGCAGACACCAUACUUCGGGUUUUUGAUGCCGCCAAAACCCGUUUAGCUGAACUACAGACGAUAUUCAAGCAGCAAAAGCUUGAUCUACGACAGCAGUUCAAGUCUUUCUCGUUUGCCGUCUUCGAAUACAUGAAUGAACCCAAUCUUGUGUGGGCGGAGAAAAUUGUUCAGGAUGCGGAGUUUCAAGAGUAUCCGUACAAUGAGGCUGAAGAAGCCAAGUUGAACAAUGUGUCUCAGAUCCUCAACUAUCCUCUUGACCAAGAGGAACUCGACGAGGCAGCGUACGCGAUUCCUGCCGAGAUUGCCCUGGUGAUAGCACCACUACCGGGUUUUGAGAGGCUCUUUUCCGCUGCGUGGCAUGGCUACUACUAUUUUGCUUCCGACCCUCGGUGCUCUCUCGCUGGGAUGCUGUCAUUUACGCUGCUACCAAAUCCGUCUGAGGGUACCAUCCAACACUUCACUGCGUCCGAUCGCGCCAACAACGCCGACUUCACGAUCGAAGGUCAAUGUGAUUUGUCGACAUUGCGUAUCAACUUCAAGCGUUCCUUUCGUGCCCGGCUGCAGGCUCAAUACUACCAUGGCACAUGGGACCCAGAGGCUGAGAUUUUAUCUGGCUCAGCAGGCUUCACUGACGAUCCGGAGGACGAUGUCGUCACCUUUGUCUUCCGGCGGCUCAGUCCACGGUACAUGGCGAUGGCCCCAACUCCAGCUGAGCUGCAGGCCAAUCGCCCGCGAGCGCUGUGGAGGUUUGCGAUCGAGGCCGUGCUGGAAGACAUCCGCCGGGAACGCUGGUCCUGGUCGUACUUCAAAGAGCGGCGCAAUCGGCGGUUGCGGUUUUUGGAGCUGUUCACUCGCAGUGGAUCGGGCAAGAAAACGUACGGCCCUCCGUUCACCGAGGCAGAGGACGGCGAAUUCUCGCAGCUGAAGCACCGGCUGACGACGGCGGAUUCGCGAUUCUAUCACUCGCUGGGCGAUCGGCAGCUGCGCAGGAUAAUCGGACACGAUCUUAAUCAGUGCGACGUUUGUGGAGGCAGGAUUGGCGGCGCCCGGAUCAUCUGCCUCGAAUGCGAGGUGAAAAAGUCGGGAAACUGGAACACGGUCGACUUCCACGACCUGGCGGGCUGCAUGGGGAGGCGGGUCAAGCGGGACGACAUGGAGAAACCGCACCUGCCGCACCACGACGUGGUCAAGUUCCGACGGUUCAUGCAUUAUCGGCAGUUUGGAAAGAUGUAUAGGGAUUCCAAAACGGCGUUGGUGCAAGCUCGGGCGGCAUUAGCCAGCGAAGGAUCCCUGCCUUGUCGUGUGUGCGCAACAGCCAUCGUCCAGCCGUGCUGGUUCUGUGUCCAAUGCUAUCAGUUCAUCUGCUGGGGUUGCGAUGCGAAAGGCAGCACGACCUUCGAGGGCCAUUCGUUUGACGAUCACGAUCUGGUCAGAGUCCAGGAGAAGGUCGAAGAACGAACUCUCACGGCUGAACAACGCAUAUGCGCGCUCCAGUCCAAGUUCUCCGCGUACGAGGAUCGAUUCCAGCAAGUAGAGGGCGACAUGGUUGACGUCAAGGAACGAUUGCGACGCAUCGAGGCUAACAUGGCGGAGGUCACGACCUUGUUGAAGAAGUUACUAGGAGGACCCUGACCCGAGAUUGACAUGUUUUCGAUGAUACGUAUGGUGACGAGCGAUGUGCUAAGCAGAUAUCAGCAUGAUCAUCUUGUGGUCAGCGCAACGGCUAAAUGUUAGUUGAUUGGGACACGGCUAAGGACAUGAGGGAAAUAAGGCGAGUUGGAGGUAGCAAGGGGCAAUGCAAGAUGACACGAAACGAUGAACAAGGCGUUGGCCUCAGUCAUUUUGGAAACCCGAUCCCUGGAUAUCUGGAUACGACCUCGAAAAGCAUAUUCAGUUGGACUCACUACACGAGUCAUACUGUUACUUAUCAUUUACCACUUCAGAGUCCGCCUUCCCUCUGAGUUCUGGUGCUACAAGAUAGGACUAAGCGUUGGUCUAACAUUCUCUGAAUUUGAAUCUCAGGGGAAAUGCCACCGCAGGCUAUCUAGAGGCUGCCUUCCGUUUUCCGUGGUCGGCGCAGGUGUAUGCUUCACUUCUGCUUGUCAAUGCUUUAUCUCCAUCCCUCAUCGAGAAGGGAGCGUCCCC